AUAAGCUAAUGUUCACAUUCAGAGCAAUUUGCCUUUCAAUAAUCUAAGGUACAAACUGUAGUUCAGUAAAACCAUUUCAGUAAACGUCCUUCAGUUAUGUCAGAUAAAGGACACGACGUCGAUUUAACCAGAGCCAAACAAAACACGGGAGUCUGGCUGGUGAAGGUUCCCAAAUAUCUCUCUCAGCAAUGGGCAAAAGCAUCUGGGCGAGGAGAAGUAGGCAAGCUUAAAAUUGGGAAAGCUCAAGGGAAGACUGUGGUGUCUUUCAAUCUGAACGAGGAGCUGACAGUUGUUGAUUGCUCCGGGGAGAAGAUUUCCUCCGUUCGCUCCCCUAGAGAACAUCCAUUCACCAUGCAGACGGUGGGAGGGCAGACCCUCGCUGUCUUUACAGAGAGUUCAGACAAGAUAGCUCUCGAAGGAAUGGUUGUGCAGCGAGCUGAAUGCAGACCUGCAGUCAGCGAGAGCUACAUGAAAUUAAAAAAGCUGCAGAUCGAAGAAUCCACCAAACCUCUUCGUUUUUCCCAGAGGCUUGAGAAAGCCAUCACAACCAAUUACAAACCUGUGUCCAACCACAGUCAUAAUUUGGAAUAUGAAAAGAGAAAGAAAGAGGAAGGCAAGCGUGCACGAGCUGACAAGCAGAAGGUUCUGGAAAUGCUCUUCUCUGCCUUCGAGAAGCACCAGUUCUACAACAUCAGAGACCUGGUGGACAUCACUAAGCAACCGGUGAUUUAUCUGAAGGAGAUUCUUCGUGAAAUUGGAGUAUAUAAUUCCAGAGGGCCUCAUAAGAGCACAUGGGAACUAAAGCCAGAGUAUCGGCACUAUCAGGAGGGACAAGAGGAGGAGAAAGAGGCAGAGAAAAUGGAGUAAUCCCAUGUAAAAACUUGUGUUGUGUUUAGUUUAUUGCAACUGUUGUUUCUUUCAUACCAGAUUUGUAUUAGUUCCUUGUUCUUUUCCAAUGAUGUCAGUAUAUAUAUAUGAAACAGAAUUGUUUUUCUUGAGUUAUAUAACCUAAGUGUUUCUUUAAGAGCAUUAUGAAAUGAAUACUGUAAUUUG